AUGAUCGUCCCCAAACGAGACGGAAAAAUCCUUUUCACUUCUAACAUUAAUUUCUUCCUCAUACAUUUCCUAUCUUUUGAAUUUGCGCUGCCGCCGUACUCCCUCGAAGCCAGCCCGACCUCCCAGUUGCGCUUGUUUAAGUGCUGGAAUGUCUUCUCGGCUUGUCCUUCAAAUCCCACUAUCUUGACCGUGCAACAUAUGAGCCGGCCCGGGACACCGGAAAUUCGCCACGGGACGCCGAUGAAUCCAUGUGCGGCAGUAUUUGAGCCCGACGGGUCGAGUAAACAGCCGUGUCGCAGCCCAGACACACGUGCCCUGUGCAACGAAGACUCACGUGUGCCGGACUCGAGCAAACUUCACCCAUAUUUGGAACUGUCCCUUACGCUUCCAGCAGUUGAUGCGCAGCUCACGUCGCAUCACCCUGCGAGCUGGUUCCUGGAGCAUCCAUCUCGGCAGGUUCCCUGCUAUGCAUUUCCAGACUUCACUUUUGGCCUGCCAAUGAGCAUCAGCUCGAAUGUGACUUCGAGGCUGAGCUCGCGGCGCGGCAGCACCAACGCCUGGCACUCUUCGGUCCAGCCAACAACUUCGAAUGCCUCCGUUGCACGAACAAGCCCCACGAGAGCCAUUGCAGAGGGGCUCACUAGUCAAGUUGAGCAGCCGAGUAGACGGGCGCCGGUGAAUGCCCCUUGGGAGCCCGCCAGCUUUCGACGUCGAAAGGCCAGCAGGAAUGGCAAUGAUUUACGGGGGAAUGUUGCGAGCGUCGACGCGCUGCUAUGGUCUCACUCGAAGCGAUGGACGAGCGGCGAGAAGAAGGAGCUCAUGGCAUACCAGAAAAUGCGCCAAAACAUCCGUUACAUUGGCGCCGAUAGCUCGCCGUUCGUGCCGCACACUGCUGCAGAGCUGGCGGCUCUGAAGGUGACCAUGGCAGAAGAGCGGCGAAGGGUCAUUGGGGCCAAGGUAGAGCGACUGACGGCAGAGCUAUCCAAGAAAGGAAAGCUUGGACCGAGGACACCCAUCAAAGGGCACUCGCUUUUUUCAUUGGCGCAAUCCUGCUUUGAUGAGGAAGAUGAUAUGAAUGGAGGAAUUUGGCCUACGAUUGUUCAGCUCAAAGAGGAGGGAGACCGGCGGUCCGAGGGCACACGGCGCCGACUUCCCCAUCCCGCAAAGGUGUAUGGUGGGAGUUGGCAGCGCAGUAUCAGAGUUGACGUGGUUGGACAAUCAUUCGGCAUAUGGCCCGUGGACGGGCUGACUAGGGACGAUGAACAGGGAACGAAUGGGUUGGACGAGAGUGAUGUACCAGACUGGCUUUUGGAAUUGAUUAACCAAUGA